AUGGCUAUCUCCUACCAAACCAUUCCUAUUUCCGACCUGACAGACAUCUCGAACAUCCCCAUCGCAGACGAACCCGCCGAUUCCAUCGACUUUACCAAACAAACCGAAACGCCAGCAACGACCACAAUACCACAAACGCGUUACGACCUUCGUUCCCGCCAAGGUCCCCGCUCCCGCAUCGCCUCUACCAACUUGAGUGUCAACAACCCUAAUAAUAACCGAGAGAGCCCUCGUCCCUUGCGUAUCGCCACUUCGGCUGCUCCGAGCUCUGACUCUCAGGAACCGACGCGUCCGCACAAGAGGCCCCGCACACGGACUCGCACUCGUACAUGUUCAUCAGGUUCAGGUUCAGGUUCGGGCGGUGUUCAGGUCCAUGAUGUCACCACCCUGCGGGAUAUCACGGGAAGAAAUACGGACUUUAACUCUUGUUCGUCAUGCAACCAGUGGUAUGCCAUGGUAUAUAGGAAGGUAGUGGCGCAGAUGAUAGACGUAUUGGAGGAGAGAGAGGUGGAGAGGUUUCUUUGCGUUCAAGAUGUUUACGAGGAGGAUGCGAAAGAUGUAGAUGUUGUGAUGAUGGUUUAUUCCUAAUACCGCUCCUGUGAGCCGUUGUCUUCGACAGUCGCAAUGUACUGUGCAAUGUCCCACAUUCCCAACUUCUAGCCUGGUCGUAUCUUCCCAGACCCUUUUACAGGCUGGACCCUGUCCCUGAUAUCGCGAUACCUGCCUUACUUGUGUCCCUUUUCAAUAAAUAAUCGCGCUCGAC